CUCACAUGUCUAAUCCCCAGCUUUGCUCCUGUGAUGACCGUGUUAUUGAUUGCAGUAGGAAAGACCUGGAUAAGAUGCCACCCCUGAAACCCGGAACAAGCUACUCUCAACGGGAGCUUACUGUUUGGGGUAACAAUAUUUCCGUUAUCAAUGAUUGGGAACUGGCACACAAUUUACAAAAAAUGUAUUUCGGAGAACAUUUCCUUACUGCAGUCGCAGAUCACGCCUUCAUUUAUUCUGCCAAGAGUCUUCAGUCCCUCCGAUUCUCGUCUACCAAUCUGACCUCCCUGCCAUGGGCCUUGACGGAUCUCAGUUCUCUCGUGUGCUUGCAUUUGGACAAUAAUCCUGUUCUGACAUGGAACACAACCGUUUUGGCGAGCAUUGGAGCAUCGUUGAAAGAAUUACGUCUUUCAAGACUGACGAUGCCAAUCUUUCCAGACUGGCUUGAGCUACUGUCAAAGUUGGACACCCUUACAAUAGAAGGAGUUGAUUUCAGUCAGCUGAGUAGUACGCUAUUGGACCCAUCAGCCAGUCAUAUUAAAAGACUGGAGUUCCGAAACUCGAACCUAACGAAAAUCCCACAGGAAGUGGCGCUUUUCCCGGAUUUGACCGUCCUCGAUUUGAUGUCAAAUUCAAUUAGCGAUCUCAGCAACCUGAAAGAUUUAAAACUCUCUCGCAAUUUGUCAGAGUUAAAUCUGCACUCGAAUCACAUAGAUAAUAUUGGUCCUCUGUUUUAUUUGAAUGGCAUUGAAAAGCUGUGGGUAUCAAGUAACAGAAUAUGUGAUCACAAGCACAUACCUUACGCCCUAAUACCCCACGAAAUGUCUUUGACAUAUAUAUAUCUCUAUUCUAACUGCCUUACUCAAAUACCCGACCUUUUAUUUAUGUCUGAAUUGAAAAGUUUAGAUCUGAGCUCCAACAAUAUCACAGCUCCAUAUUCGGGUUCGUUUCCUAUGUCGUUGAUCUCGCUUUUGCUGUCCUCAAACGUACUGACAACUAUUCCAGAAUCUAUAUCAAAUUUACCGAAUUUGUACACUCUAACUCUAUCCAUGAAUAAAAUAAAAUCUAUUGCAGAAUUCCUGUUCCCCUCAUCGCUGACUCAUCUAGAAAUCACGGACAACGACAUAGAAGUAAUUCCCUCACUAAAAUUUUCAAACAACAUUUCGAAAUUAGAGACCAUAUAUUUAUCAGAAAAUCCAAUCAAAACAAUCGCAGACGACGCUUUCACUAACCUCCACGAGUUAAGGUCUUUAUUCCUGGAACAAACACACCUAGUCCGCUUGCCCACGGCGCUGUUGGCACUGAAACAACUAAACACUCUGUUUCUGUCCCAUACCUUCACGUGUUCCUGCGAUGACAUGGCAUUCACGACAUGGUACCAGAAUCUGACAUAUCUGGUCGGAAAAUGUAACGGCACCGAUCUAAGUCAUAUGUUAGAUCAGCUCCCAAGCCAAUGCCCUGUCUCUUGAAUUACCAGAAAGCUCGGUCUCAUAAACUGUAUUUGCACUGCACCCCCCCCCCCGAAAACAAUGUUGACCACCCCACGUACAACCCCUAAUCUCCAUCUCUCUCAAUCUCUUUCCUCCUUCCCUCCGGUCUGUCUGCCUGUCU